UUGAAAUCGAGUCGAUUCGAGCUCAGUUACCAAGCAGCUAUAAAAAAUUGCAAUUUUAAGAAAUAUUUUCAAAAGAUAUUUUUGUGUGUGUGCAAAAAAUGAAAAGUAUACCAAUGAUUAUAAGCACAAUAGUGCUUUUACUGUGUCACAAUUUGAUUAUCACGAAAGCUUUAAGAAUUUUACAUAUGAACAGCAAUUACGAAAAAAACUUUAUAGAAGGACUACCAUUUAAGGAAGAACAGAUUUUUAUAAAACGAUGUAACGACGAGUCGGAAAAUAUUAAUUUAUCUUCUUAUGAUUUGACCAUUAUAAAAGAUAAUAGUAUAAAAAGUACAUCAAUUAGAAGUUUAUCUUUAAGAGAUAAUAAGUUACAGGAUAUACCUGAAAAUAUGAUAAAGAAUUUACCAUAUUUAAAUUGUUUAGAUUUGUCGAAAAAUGAAAUCAAUAUUUAUAAAACAUUUUCAAUGGAACAUGCGUUUCUUUCUAUCUUAAAUUUAAGCAGUCAAAAAUUACCAAAUGUAUUUGAUGUUGAAACUUUUGAUGAAAAUUCUAUCCCAACAAUUCAAACAAAUUAUAAAACUAUUGAAUUUGAUAAUUCAAAUAUGCGAUUAAAAAAUUUACGAUAUAUCGAUUUAAGUGGAAAUGACAUUUCCACUUUGAAUAAAGAUUUUAAUAUGAACUUUCCAAAUUUAAGCCACUUGUAUUUAAAUAAUGUAAAUGCUGACAUUGUAGACUCGAGUAUGUAUAGUAAAUUACCAAAAUCAUUACGUUGUCUUUCUUUGAAAGACAACAAAUUAAGCGAAUUUAAUUUUAAUAAUUCAAUAACACUUAGUACGUUAUAUUUAGAUUCAAAUCCGCUACAAAAUAUUACUAUUAUUUCUUACACUUUAAAAACUUUAUCAUUGACUAAUUGUACAAAAGCAAACAACAUUUAUUUAGAUGCACCAAAUUUAGAUCAUUUGGAUAUUUCAAAAAACAAUAUUGACGUUUUAACUGACUUUGUAGUCACUCGUUCUUUAAAAACUUUUAUGUUGAAUUUUAACGAAUUUACUACUGUUCCCCAAUUAAUUGAUUUUAAUCAGUUAAUCGAAUUAUCUUUAAAUUAUAAUAAGAUUAAAAUCAUACCAAAAAAUGUGUUCGCGAAUCUACUAAGUUUAGAAAAAUUGGAAUUAAAAGGAAACAAAAUUUCGUACAUUGAUGCGAACACUUUUAGUAGACUACAAAAUUUAAAAUAUUUAGAUCUAUCUUAUAAUAAGUUAGAAAUUUUAUAUAACAAAUGGACAUAUUCGUUAAUGAAUCUUAAAUAUUUAAAUAUAAAUGCAAACAAAAUUAGUAAUAUUGUAGAUUUAAGUAUUCACGAUUCGAAGUUAGAACAUGUAUUUAUGAUAAAUAAUCCUUUAAGAGAAAUAACAUCAAAUGAUAUAAAUGUAUUAUUACCAGAUAACAGUACCGUAUAUAUUACAUAA